CAGAAAAACCGACAAACACACUCCUUGAAAAUGGAAUCCAUGGAAGCGCGAGUCGCCAUGCUGCAGGACCUAAAGAUCCAGUCCUUCGACACGAUCCGCUUCGCUUCCUAUCGCACGGCAUGCAAGCUGCGCUACGUACAGAAGUCCACCAACCUUCAUCUGGUCGACAUCUGGAACGUGAUUGAGGCGUUCCGCGAAAAUGGCCUCAACACGCUCGAACCCCAGAACGAGGUCAGUGUGAGCCGGCUCGAAACGCUCGUGUCGUCGCUGUACCAUAACCUCAACAAGCGGCUUCCGCCGAACCAGCAGGUGCACGUUGACUCGAAGGCGAGUCUGCUGUUAAACUGGCUGCUUGCGGCCUACUCCGGUGACAAUUCUGGCAAAAUUCGAGUCUUCUCCAUCAAGGUGGCACUCGCGAUCAUGUGCGCUGGCAAGAUGGUGGAUAAAUUGCGAUACAUCUUCUCACAAAUAUCCGACGGAGCCGGUCAGCUGAUCCACUGGAAGUUGGGUGAUUUCCUGCGCGAAGUGUUGGCACUCCCAGCGGCCGUCUUUGAAUCGCCCACGUUCUUCUACAAGGAGGGCCUCGAAUCGGAGAUCUUCCCAGUGGAGAACAAGAUCACAGUGAACGACUUCAUGGCAGGCUUCAUGACCGAACCCGGACCCGGUUGUCUCGUGUGGAUGCCGCUACUGCACCGACUGGCCACCGUCGAGUCCGUCGUCCACCCAACCGUCUGUUCCGUGUGCAUGCGGGAAAACUUUACCGGUUUCCGCUACCGAUGCCAGCGCUGCCACGGGUACCAGCUGUGUCAGGACUGCUUCUGGCAGGGACGCGUAUCCCUCAACCACCAGAACGACCACGAGGUGAAGGAGUACUCGAGCUACAAGAGCCCCAGCAAGCAGAUCGGUCACUCGCUGCGCAAGAGCUUCCGCUGCGUGCCGGACAAACCGAUGCAGGCGCUACCCCGGUUCCCGGAGCAGCCCGAGAAAACGCUCAACCUCUCGCACAUCGUGCCACCGUCGCCACUUCCGUCACACAACGGUUUCCCCGACGGUGGCAUACCGGGUCUGUACGAUCGGAGCAGCACGUUGGACUCACGAGCCACCGGUUUAUCGCUGGACAGUAACGGAACCUCGGGAACGCGUGGGGCAGUUAAUUCUAACGACGAAGAGCACAGACUGAUUGCGCGAUACGCGGCGCGGCUGGCACAGGAAUCACGAACGCCAGGCGGAUCGGCUCCCGAUCCGGUGCAGAUAGGACUGGACAGCUCUCGGGCGCAGCGCGAGCUAAUUCUGCAGCUCGAAUCGAAGAACAAAGAAAUCAUGCGCGAAAUACAGAAGCUUCGCCGGCAGCAGGAAGCAGAACAGGUCGCUCCGGAAAGUCCCGCCCUGAUGAACGAACUGCGCGCUUUGCGACAGCGUAAGGGUGAACUUGAGGGCCAUCUUGGUGCGCUGCAGGACUCACGCCGGCAGCUGAUGGGACAGCUCGAAGGGUUGAUGCGGAUGCUGAAGAACCACCAAACGCAGAGCCCUCGUUCGACGCCCAACUCUAGUCCACGGUCGGGUAAAAGCCCCCCGAUACCACAAGGACCACCGAUGCCGAAUACGGGCCCCCGGCAAGGACCCAUCAAUCCCGGUGGUUCUGGAAUGCCACCGGGAGUGCCACAGGGCAUGCUGCCACCCGGAGUCGGGAUGCACGACCCACACAUGGGACUAGUCGGCAUGGACAUGCGAGGAUACGUACCGAACGGCAACAACAAUGGUAGCAUUAACGGUGUUGGGUCGCUUGGCCAACGAUCGAGCGCCACCACCGGAACGUGCCCACCGGUGGCCGGUGGCCGGUCGGAUCUGCAUUACGCGGCCGAUUCCGUCUCCACCGCGAUGUCCUCGCUGGUGCGAGAGCUCAACUCAGUUUUCUAUGCACAGUACGAAGGACAUCUUCCGCCCGGUGUCGUGCAUAAGCCGCCGAUGCGCUACUUCUCGGAAGGAUCCGACGACGACAGUAUCGCGUCGUCGCAGCACACAAUGCGCCACUCGCUAGAUUUCGACGAAAUGCACAUGACCACGCACGAGUGGAGCGAAAAGGAUAACACACAGUGGCAGGAGCAGUUCGCGGCCUGGAGCCUGAAUUCUCAAAACCAGUAAACGAUCUGCACCAUAACCGCGCACCAAGAAGGAUCCGAAACGGACGAUCAGAUGAUCAAAAAGAAAAGAACGAUGAUCGUCCUUUGAUCAGUCUCUGAUUGCGCGUGGUUGAUUGCAUUACAUUGGGCUCAGUUUUUAGUGUAUCACUAAAGGACACAUGAUCCGGGCAUGGAAUCGCGACGCGCAUUCCUAUCGUGUCGCUAAGUUAUCGCUACCAUAAUAUGGCACGUUUCCACUUUGUUUCCUUCGUCCAUAUUUUAUCCGUGCUUUGCCUAA